UCUCUCUUGCAGAGCAAGAAACUCCUUCCUUCUCAGCUCAGUAUAAAUCAUGCAUCCACCCUCGCCAUUCAUUUCGAUUCAUCUCGAAGACCUAGCGAUCGGAGGUGGUAGCUGAGCGCAAUGAGCAGCAUCGGCACAGGCUACGAUCUCUCCGUCACCACCUUCUCCCCCGAUGGGAGAGUGUUCCAGAUCGAGUACGCCGCCAAAGCUGUCGACAAUAGCGGGACUGUGGUUGGGAUCAAAUGUAAGGACGGAAUUGUUUUGGGUGUGGAGAAGCUAAUCUCAUCGAAGAUGAUGUUACCGGGAUCUAAUCGGAGGAUUCAUGCUGUUCACCGCCAUUCUGGCAUGGCUGUGGCUGGCUUAGCAGCUGAUGGCAGGCAAAUUGUUGCACGAGCAAAAUCUGAAGCAGCUAAUUAUGAGAGAGUAUAUGGGGAGCCCAUACCUGUCAAGGAACUUGCAGAUCGUGUGGCAGGUUAUGUUCAUCUUUCUACACUCUAUUGGUGGCUCAGGCCUUUUGGCUGUGGGAUUAUUCUUGGUGGUUAUGACAGAGAUGGACCUCAGUUGUACAUGAUCGAACCCUCUGGAAUAUCAUAUAGAUACUUUGGUGCUGCUGUUGGGAAAGGAAGACAAGCUGCCAAAACUGAGAUAGAGAAGUUGAAGCUUUCUGAGAUGACCUGCAGAGAAGGAGCGAUUGAAAUAGCCAAGAUAAUCUAUGCAGUGCACGAUGAAGCAAAGGACAAAGCAUUUGAGUUAGAAAUGAGUUGGGUCUGUGAUGAAUCAAACCACCAACAUCAGAAGGUUCCAGACGAUCUCUUAGAGCAAGCUAAGACGGCCGCAAAAGCUGCAUUAGAAGAGAUGGAUGCUGAUUAGGGCACAAAUAUAUAUAUUUUUUUUGUCAGAAAUGACCCACAUGCUGGUCUAACAUUAUCAGAUAAUUACCCGAUCAUUGCUGAGGGUUUCCGCCAUGGAAAACAAUUUACUUGUGUUAUUCAUUGUGCGCUAGUGAAUGUUGUUCAUACGACACAAACUGUUUCCAGAUAUUUGAAAUUAUUUAGUUUGUUUCUUUAAUAGGAAAAUUGAAAUGUAUUUGAAUGCUCGGGUUAAUUAACUACUUGGCUUUCUUGCUCA